AUGCAUCUGUAUCUGUUAUUUGUUGUAGUUGCAAUCGCAAAUUCUCACAGAAUACCGGCUCAAUACUUCUCAGGUAUAAAAACACCCGUGCAACGAAUGAAAUUACAGAUACCGGAACAGUCUCAAUUCGAGUUGGUGCUCAGCAAGAGACUUUCAAUCUAGACUUGACAACUCUACUCGACAAAACAAUCGUUUUUAGCAAGGAAUGUCUGACUACACAAUGUCUAAAUUUCAGGGACAUUCUUCAUGUUUAUGACGAUUCGUAUGUAACAUUAAUUACAAUUUAGGCUUCUUCAGAAAUGAUCAACAUAACAAUACUUCGACCUUUCUGCCAGGUCUUAAUUGCGAGAAUUUAAAUUCGGUUCCAAUUGCUGUAAGUGCGCUCAAAGAACACAAGAAAUUUUUGAUUUGUCAAAAUUUAUGACACUUUUUGCAGGUUGGUUCGCUCAAAUUCACCGCCGACUUUUCCACCUUUCAUCCCAACGGAGAUCUGUUGGACACCAGCGAUUUAGAAGAAAAAAGUUUCAAACAUUUUGAAGGGUAUCUUCCUCUGCGUUUUGGACGUGAUCAUUUAUUUGAUACGGCUUUUGAACAUGUUCCAUUGGAGCCUAGAACAGUCACAUUUGUUCCAGCAAUAUCUGGGGUAAGCUGCGGGAUUCGACAGCUUUAAUACAACGACGUCUUCGGCUUUGUUUUUUUUCACCAACGCUUGACGCAUUGCCUUGAACUUAAUUUAGUCAUCAUUUUCCUAAUUUUUCAGUCACUUGAAUCAGGCAUGUACAUAGGAGACUACCCUCCAAACCUAUGCGAGCCAUUCGGCGAGAUGGUCCAAACGAGAAAGGCCCAUGGAACUGACAGUUUAUUGCUAAUGAACCAUUCACGGUAAACAACAAAUUCUUGUGGAAAAACAUAAAAGUUUAGUGUCACUUUUGGAGCCAACACGUAUGAUUGGAACGUUUUCAUUGCCGCAGGGCCAAAGUUUGUAUUUAAUCAAAACCCCGCGACCAAAUUCUUUGGUCGAUUAGUUGCAGAGAAACGGAUUUCGGAGAAAGAUUUCCAGGCCCUUCCCCCGAAUAUUACGGUACCUUUACCCGGUAUUGGACAUGUUGUAAUUUUGAGAGAAAGCUUUUACGCGAAGGAUGGUGGCUUUUACUACCCACUUUACAUUAUUGGAGUAUGUUUAGUCGUGUAGAUUAUGCUCGAUCAUUUUGGCAAUCUACAUUGCUAUUUUAGGGAUGGGCCGGCGAUUUUGGAUUGAACCAAGCGACUAUCAAGGAUAAGUGCUUUAGAUUGGACAAAACAAGCGGAGAAUGGACUUGGGGAUUCUCCCAUAGAACCAUUAAACCUGAAAUUGGAAUAACAAGGGCGUUCAAUUGGUCUGUACAAUAA